AUGGAUGGUCAUAGCGAUGGGCGUACUGGUAGUGAUGGUAAUGUCGGUAGAGGUCGAGUUACAGGCCGUGGUGGCAGAGGAGGUAGGACAACAUCAUCUACCCCCUCUGGUAGAGGUCAUACAGCUUCUUCAUCCCUCCCUCCACUUCGGAUAGGAUCAUCACCAUCUACCACCGACUCUGUUAUGGGAAGUGCAGGACUUCCUCACACUCCCACUGACCCGAUGGGGCCGACACAGCAGGUUGCAUCCCCUGCAAGCGAGGUAGGAGAUGCUGCUUCGGCACUUCAGCCAGAGUGGGGGAGGUGUGAUCCACAGACUAAACGUAUAUGGGUUCGUCCUUUAGGCACCACAGAGUUCGAACCUUAUGAUGAGAUCAUGAAAUACAUUGAUAAUCAAAUAUUCCGUAAUUUUAAACAUGUAUGGAGCACCUGGGGAGACGUUCCUAAACAAACUCGAGAUGGUUGGAUGGAUGAAUUUCUGAGUCAUUAUAGGUGGUUGCCCGAGGAUCGCCAUAACCUGGCAAGAGCUUGGCAUCACAAAGCCACCACAAUGUUUGCAAAUAAAAUGGAUAAAGUAAGACAUGACAAGGGCAAAAAUGCAUGGUGUAGUGAAGCAUUAAAAAUCCAAUUGAAAGAAAAAUGGAAAAAUUGUCCUAAGUUUCAAAAGAGAUCUACUCAAAAUAAGGAAAAUAGGGCCAAGCAGGACACACCCACAUAUGCUGGAGGGUCGAUUCCAAUCAGCAAGCAUCGACAAAGGAUAGAGGCUUCUGGAGAAGUGCCGCCUGAAAAGGUUGAUUGGGCUACCUUCGAGCAAACUCAUUCCCAGCAGCCUGAAGCUGGUCAAAGGCGGUGGUUAGGCUCCAAAGUGAAGCUAAUAACGGAAAAUUAUCAAAAACUUGAAGAGGAGAUGUCCGCACAGGUGGCGACAGACGAUCAAUCCAGCUCCUCCUAUUCCGAUAAUGGGAACAUGUUGGUUACAGCUGCAGGUGGAUUCAACAAGAAAGGAAGGGUGGUCGGGCUGGGAGGAUAUGCUAGCCGACUAAAGCCUAGUAAGCGGCCCUCUACCCAGAUUGACAGUGUUUCUGCCGAUGAGCUUAAAAGGAUGAGGGUGUCCCACUCCCAGAUGCAGGAGCAAUUGCAUGCUACGAAGGAGCAAUUGCAUGCUACGACAGAGCAGCUAACUCAGCAAGCGGACUUUAUGAAGCAACAAGCUGACAUUAUGAAACAAAUGCAGGAACAACUCCGACUUUUAAUGCAGGACAAGGAAGCCAACUGCAACAAGUCGAAGGGACCGACGCCGGAUGAUGACCCUGAUGAUGAUGAUGACUUUGCUAGGACUUUAGAGGCACACUAG